UAUUUCGAUGUUUGUAAUUACAAUUACUGCCUUGCCUCCUCACAAAAUGCUUCGAAUAGAUUAAUGAAAUUGUGAACAAUGGCGACUAUAUAAAUUACUUAUUAUUCGGUCUUAAAUGUUGCCUCGUGUUUGUAAAAAUAAAACGAACACGUUUCGUAAAAAAAUACACGAGUGUGAAAAUUCGAAUUAAUCAAGGAAUCAUUUAUGUUAAGUACAUUAGUGUCGAAGUGAAUCGAAACGGCCGUCUCGCGUAGCUAGAAUUUUGUAUGGGAAAAGUAGAGUCAGUAUUCAUUCAUUACAUAGGAAAAUCAAGGGGUAACAUGGUGAAAGGAAGACGAAAACGUGUGCAAACAAGAAAUACAAUUCGUACAAGAGCUGCUGUUUUAUCCCCUCAAUAUGAUAUAACUUCACCAAUGAAGAAGGAGGCUAAACUGCAUGAUAGUAAUGUUAAAAAUGUUAAUUCUGAUGAGAUCCAUUCAGUAUCUGAAGCACAUAAAGUGCCUAUGUGCAUAAGUUCCUUUUUCUAUACACAAAUUACAGAUGUCCCAAAAAAUAAAGCUUCUAUCCUGCCUAUUGAAGAAAGGUUUUAUGGAAGUAAAGAAACCAAUGAUGUACAAAAUGACAUUCUCACCGAUGUUGGUCAAUUCAGAACUGAUGAAACACCUGUAGCAGUACCUAUUCAUGGUCCGUCAACACCACAUAGGAUUAACAUGCCAAACCAUCAAUUGGAAGAUUUAGACGAAAGAAAUACAAAUGAAAAUAUGCAUAAGAAACCUGUAGUAACUCCCACACUUAAUUUGGAGCAACAACCUUUAAAAAAGUCUGCUAAUCAUAGCCGUAGAAAAUUAACCAGCAAUCAGUCUGCCACAAAUCGGUCAAUAGAUUCUUCAAAUACUAAAAGUACAAAUCAUAAGCUUACUGACUACUUUCCAGUACGCCGCAGUGUAAGAAAAUCAAAGAAAGCUGUAUUAGAAGAAAAGCAACGUGAUAUGGAAAAUAAAGUGCUUUAUCAAGUAGAAGAAGGCUUAGAAGUAAGACACUUUGCUGGUAAAGGUCGUGGUGUAGUAACAACACGAGAGUUUAUGAAAGGAGAAUUUGUAGUAGAAUAUAUUGGUGAAUUAAUCGAUCAAGUAACAGCAAAGAAACGUGAAAAAAUAUACGCACAAGACCAAAACACUGGGUGUUAUAUGUAUUAUUUUCAACAUCGUAAUCAUCAGUAUUGCGUCGAUGCAACAGCAGAGACUGAUAAGUUAGGUAGAUUAGUAAAUCAUUCAAGAAAUGGUAAUUUAAUCGCUCGGGUCGUAGAAGUAGAGUCGACGCCACACCUGGUACUUACGGCGAAAGAAAAUAUACCUAUAGGGGUGGAAAUAACAUAUGAUUACGGAGAUCGAAGUCGCGAAGCUAUUCGUCAUCACCCAUGGUUGGCAUUAUAGCGCUUUCAAAUAAUUAAUUAAUUAGUUAUAAUAGCAUGAUGUAUUGUACAGCAGAAUUCGUUCAAUUGAUUUUGUUCCUCCUAUGAAGGAACAAUAAAUACAUAUAGAGAAUUUUAGUUGAA